AUGGCCGCCGCCACUCCUCGCGGAGGACCCCUCAGGCAAAAGGCUCCAGAAGCGGCCCGUCCCGCCGGCAGCGGCGGCGGCAACAACGAAGGCAGCGUGCCUGCCUGCCUGCCCGCCUUGCUUUUUCCCUUCCCUCGCUCGCUCGGGCGGCCUCUCAAGCCAGGGGGGCGGCUCCUGCGGGCCAGGCAGGCCUCGCGCUCCCCGUCUCUCGCCUGCCUUGUUCAACUGCCAGGUCCCAGCGCCGCCUCAGAGCGUAAACUCCGGCCGCCGCAGCGCCUCCUGAGGCUGAGGCGUCCUCGGCUCCUCCCCUCCGCGGCGGCUUCUCUGGCCGAGCGAGCGAGGGGCUACCUCCGUGCCUGGCUGCGCUCGACGCCGGGCCUCGUCGCCCCUCUCGCCAGCGAAACCCUCCCCCCGCCUGCCGGCCAGCCACACGCACACCCUCGCUCGCCUCUCACCAGGCCGGCGCUCCCGCCCACCGCCCCUCACGACUAUGGCGGCUGCAACGCAAACGCACAGCCCGGGCACGAGAGCUACCUCAGCGAGGUGGCUUCUGCUUUUAGAAAAAACGUUUUUAAGGCUCCAAUCCAAUACAUGCCUCCUCAGAAAGAAGCUCCAUUGGGUCCAGCGGGACUUACUCCCAGGCUUGCCCAGAUGGAGCUGCAGCUUCUGUUUGCAGAAGGACUUGGGUGUACCUGA